CAUGCGCCAUGUGGGGUGGCGGGGUCGGACCGGCGGGGCCGGGAACGGCGUGAGGCGACCGGCGACAUGUUCCGCUGCCGCGUGGCCGCCGCCGCGGGGGGCCUGUCGCGCGCCCUGCGCCCCCUCAGCCCCGCGCCGCGGGGACGCGCCGCCGCCGGCAACUUGUUGCAGCGCUGGAAUGUUCCCAUAAAACUGCAGCUGAGCAGACAAGUGGCUAGCGCUGGUGUGCCCGGGGGCAAAGGCGAUAGUUCUGUUUUUGUCCUUAUUGUGGGCUUAUCAACGUUAGGAGCGGGUGUCUAUGUAUACAGAACAUUGAAGGAAAACAAAGAGCGAUUCACCAGCCGUGUCACAACAAUAACUACACGAUCUCAAGAGAAAGAAUCUCCUUCAGAUACAGAUGCUGCUUCUCAGGGCGCAGCAGCUCCGGGAGCUCGCCCUGAGGUCCCAUCUCAUGUUCCUUUCCUGCUGAUCGGUGGAGGAACUGCUGCUUUUGCUGCUGCCAGAUCCAUUCGGGCUCGUGACCCUGGUGCCCGGGUGCUGAUUGUGUCUGAAGAUCCUGCCCUGCCCUAUAUGCGUCCACCUCUUUCCAAAGAACUAUGGUUCUCAGAUGAUCCAAAUGUGACAGAGACUCUGCGGUUCAAACAGUGGAACGGCAAGGAGAGGAGUAUAUAUUUCCAGCCGCCGUCAUUCUAUGUGCCUGUUCGUGAUCUGCCUUUUGUAGAAAAUGGUGGAGUAGCAGUACUCUGUGGCAAGAAGGUUGUGCAUAUGGAUGUUAGGGGCAACAUGGUGAAACUCAGUGAUGGUACCCAGAUAUCCUAUGACAAAUGUCUAAUUGCCACUGGUGGUUCCCCAAGGAACCUACCCGCCAUCGAAAGAGCAGGAAAAGAUGUACAACAAAGGCUGACGCUGUUCCGAAAGAUUGAGGACUUCAAGAGUCUGGAGAAGAUUUCAAGAGAAGUCAAGUCCAUCACAAUUAUUGGUGGUGGUUUUCUCGGCAGUGAGCUGGCCUGUGCUCUGGGAAGAAGAGCACGAACCGGAGGCCUGGAGGUGAUUCAGCUGUUUCCAGAGAACGGCAAUAUGGGCAAAGUCUUGCCUGAAUAUCUGAGCAACUGGACCACAGAGAAAGUGAGAAGAGAGGGUGUUAACGUCAUGCCUAACGCUGUGGUCAAGUCUGUCUCUGUCAGUGGCGGUCGGCUGAUGAUUAAACUGAAAGAUGGCCGGAAGGUGGAGACGGAUCAUAUUGUGGCUGCAGUAGGGCUGGAGCCUAAUGUGGAACUAGCAAAGUCAGCUGGGCUGGAGGUGGACUCUGACUUCGGAGGGUUCAGGGUGAAUGCGGAGCUGCAGGCACGCUCCAAUAUCUGGGUGGCAGGGGAUGCUGCCUGCUUCUAUGAUAUCAAACUAGGUAGGAGACGUGUGGAGCACCAUGAUCAUGCUGUUGUGAGUGGAAGACUAGCUGGAGAAAACAUGACAGGAGCUGCGAAGCCCUACUGGCAUCAGUCCAUGUUCUGGAGCGAUCUGGGCCCUAAUGUAGGGUAUGAAGCCAUUGGCCUUGUUGACAGUAGUUUGCCAACAGUAGGAGUCUUUGCUAAAGCAACAGCAAAGGACACACCGAAAAGUGCAACGGAGCAGUCAGGGACCGGUAUUCGGUCGGAGAGUGAAACAGAAGCAGAAGCCUCAGAAGUUCACAUUUCUCCAAGCUUUUCACCAACACCUCAAGUUCCAAAGCAAGGAGAAGAUUACGGCAAAGGUGUCAUUUUCUACCUCAGGGAUAAAGUUGUGGUAGGAAUCGUAUUAUGGAACAUCUUCAACAGGAUGCCCAUUGCUCGAAAGAUCAUCAAAGAUGGGGAGGAGCAUGAUGAUCUCAAUGAAGUAGCAAAGCUUUUCAACAUCCACGAAGACUAAACUCCAGAAUGGGGACACCGCAACAGGAGUGAGUAGGGCAGCAGGGGCUGCUGGCUGCACGCACCCCUUCUCAGACAGCUUCCUCUGAGCACCUGUGAAUAUCUCCAGUCACCUAGAGUUCUAAUGUUUGCACCAAUAAAGUCAGAUUGUUCUAAGUUAAA